GCCUUUCAAUGUCUAUCACACAAUUCAUUUUUAAUUUUUCUUCUCUUGCCUUUUAUUUAGCCUCACCUCUACACAACUUAAAUUAAUGGACUCCAAUCAGCAGCAGCAGCAGCAGCUCGGCGAGUACAUUGUUCGCACACUGGCUGUUGGGUUGCCUGCAGCCAACGAGCCAAGUCAUCAGACAGACUCUCCAAAGGCUGCGCGGCGGCCCAGCCUAACACAACGCCUGGGUCUUAACACGCAGCAGAAGCAGAAGAACAAGGGCAAGGAGGUGGCGACAGACGACGUCACAGACAGCGGCGACAGCGAAGAACCCAGCUUGGCCCGGCCAAACAAGCAGCAGCAACAAAAGCCAGCCAAAAUUGAGUGCGUCGAUGUCGCCGGUGACAACGUGUACAUGGGCACCAGCAACGGGCACGUGCUGCACUACGCCGUGGGCGCAGUGACAAUGGAAAACGCAGACGGGGCUCCGGAGCGGCAGCUUGUGCGCAGCGUCAGCCUGCAGCUGGGUGCCAAGCGCGUCGAGCAGCUGCUUGUGCUGCCAACCCAGGCCAAGCUGGCCGUUCUGUGUGCGUCGACGCUGGUCAUUCUCGACCUGCCUCAGCUGCGGCCAGCAGCGGGCGCCGGCAUGCAGCAGCUGCGCGGUGUCUCCUGCAUUGCGCUGGACGAGCGCGUGCCGCGGCUGUUGGCGCAGGCCGACGCCGUUGGGCUGUGUGUUGCACGCGCGCGGUCGGUGCAGGUGUACAGGCUGGGCACUGACGCCAUGCGGCUGGAGCAGGAGUUUGCCGUGGCCAGCAGCGUCGGCAGCCUCAGCCACUACGGCAACUUUGUGUGCCUGGCCGACACCGAAACGUACAAAAUCAUCGACUUACGCAAGCUGCGCCGCGGCGCGCCUGCGGACGCUGAGCUAAUACUGCUGCCGACGCAGCAGCCGCAGACUGACGCCGCCACCGGCCGCGUGGCCAGGCCGCCGCGCCCGCGCACGCUCGUGGCCGGGCCAAACGAAUUCAUGAUUCUGGCUGCGUCUGGUGCUGACGCCAGCAGUGCAACGCUCGGCGUCAUUGUCACCGCGCUUGGCGAGGCGCGGCGCGGCACGCUGCAGUUUUCAGCGUACCCAAAGUCCAUUGCAUACGACGACCCGUUUGUCAUUGCGGUCUUUGCCAGCGGCCGCGUCGAAGUGCACGAUACGCGUCGGCCCGACCAGACGCUGGUGCAGACGCUCAGCUUUACCGACGACGCCUGCGAUGCCAGGCGGCCGCGCAGGCUGUGUGUGGCCGCUGCCGCCCACGUUGCUGUCGACGCGCCGCUGCUCGAGUGCGUCGACGAGGCCGUUUUGGCUAUCGACGAGGCGGCGCAGCCCGGCGCCGUCGAGACACAGUUCUGCGUGCAGCUGGCGGCCAUGGUAUGCCUCAAGCGCAUGCUGCUGGACGACGCGCUGCAGUACUUUAGGCGUGGCAUGAUGGAUCCACGCGCGCUGCUGCACCUGUUUCCUGCCUUUGUGCGCUACCUGGGCUCGCUGCUCGUGCCCUUUGCGCGCAUUCCGCUGGCCGCUGACGUGCGCGCGCUAUUCUGCGACAUUGGCGACAUUGGCACGCUCGUGCGUGCGGGCGCCAAGCAGCUUUUGGCUGACAGUAACGACGACGCGCAGAUUGCCGCGCUGGCCGACGCGCUGGCAGCCAACGCACUGGAGGUGCUCGAGCGCUACUUGGAGUUUUGCCGCGCGCAGAUGCAAGGGCAGCCGGCCGAGGGAGAGGGAGCCGCCGACGAUGGCGUGCAGCGAUUUGCACCCGAUGCUGUGCCCGUCAUUGACACUGCACUGGUGCGGCUGUACGCCAUCAACUCGCGCCACGAAAAGCUAUGUGCGCUUAUACAGGACCCUGCCAGCAGCCUUGUCGGCGACCUGGCUGCCGAUUACUUUGCUUCGACACAGCAACACUACUACCGCAGCCUGGUGUACAAGGCCCAGGGCGAUACGCGCCGCGUGCUUGACAUCUGGCACCGUCUGUUGCUGUGCGAGCUGUCAGACCCGCUGUUUGGCGGCCUGGCCGAGUACCUGCAUUAUGUCGAGCUGACAGACAGCCAGCCCACAAUGGCUGCCGAGUUCCGCUGGUCAGUCGCCGUCGAUGUCGAGGUCAGCGCGCCGCUGCAGAUUCUGCGCCACUUGUCCGAUGCCUUUGUCAGCCGCAUUGAUGCCGACGCUGCGUUUGCCGCUAUUGAGCCGCAUGGCGAUGAGCCGCUGCGUGCCUUCAUUGAGCGCCUAGUCGCAGCCAACCACUCACGGGCUACCCACUACAUGACAUAUCUGGUCUGCGUAUAUGUGCGUCAGAUCCGCGACUAUUAUUUGCCAGACACUCCCGAGGCCGGCAUCCGCAGCCUUGAGUUGGACUCUGGAUUUAGGCGCGCACAAGCAGAUGAUUUGCGACUGACUAUCCGUUCGCACCUUGCGCGGGUCGGCGCUACAGAUGAUGGCGCUAGAAUGCGGUCUAACUUGCUCAACGUACUGACCGCGCGUCCCGCUCGCUACAACCCAGCCCUGGUGCUUGAGUGCGUUGAAAAAGAGGCUCCGCUGCUGCUGCACACCGAACGAGCUGUGCUGUUGACCGCGCUCGGCAAACAACAGGAGGCUGUCAACGCACUGGUCGACGACGCUGGUGAUUACGCCGAGGCUGAGUUGCUGCUGCUGAUGCCUCUUGCCCAGCCUUCGCUUGCACGUGUAUUUCCGCAGGCAGCUUCCAACAGCCAGUCACCAAAUGGUGCCAGCCCCGAAAACAACAGCGUAUCCAUAUUAUUUUACAAGUACCUGGCAGUUGGGACUGAUCCCAAUGGUGAUGAGGACAUGGCCGCCCGUUUGGUAGCCGACCUACUGUCCCGAUAUCCUGACUCUCUGGGCAUGCAUGUUUUGGCUGACAUCCCUGGUCACUGGCCAUACAAUAUCACAGAACCAUUUAAUAAAUGGGCGUCCACAUGCUUCUUGAGUUUCUUCAAUAUAUUAUCUAUCGGUGCGAUACACCUGGAGUCUGUUGAUCGUUCAUCACAAGAUCUGCGGCUGGAUCUUAAAGAUCCCAAGUGA